AUGCAUCGUGCUCCGAGGCCUACAAGGCCCGAUAAAGCGAGGAGACUCGGAUACCGUGCCAAGCAAGGUUAUGUGAUCUUCCGAAUCCGUGUGCGGCGAGGUGGCCGCAAACGCCCUGUUCCAAAGGGUGCUACAUAUGGUAAACCCAAGAGCCACGGUGUGAAUCAACUAAAGCCUACGCGUAAUUUGCAGUCCAUUGCUGAGGAGCGUGUAGGUCGUCGUUGUGGUGGCUUAAGAGUGUUGAACUCAUAUUGGGUUGCUCAAGACUCAUCCUACAAAUAUUAUGAAGUAAUCCUGGUUGAUCCAUCACACAAGGCUAUCCGCCGUGAUCCGAAGAUAAACUGGAUAGUGAACCCAGUUCACAAACACCGUGAAAUGCGUGGUCUCACUUCAGCUGGUAGAAGUUCACGAGGACUUGGCAAGGGUCAUAGAUACUCCCAGACCAAGGGUGGCUCGCGACGUGCUGCUUGGAUCCGUAAAAACACCUUGCAAUUACACCGCAAGCGAUAA